AUGAAGAAGAAAAAUGGAACCUUACAUUUGUGUAUUGACUACCAGGAGUUGAAUAAGGGUUCACAAUUAUUUUUGAAGAUUGAUUUGAGAUACAAGUAUCACCAAUUGAAAAUGAAAGCUGAAGAUGUUGAGAAAACUGUGGAUAGCAGGCGCCCCAAACAUUCGGACAAGAAAUAUACAGAGUUGGCAGAGUCGAUCAGCAAGAUCCUACCCAAAAUCCAGCAUCUGUCGUUCUUUAAGUGGUUGUCCAAGAUGAUUGGACCCCCUGAUAUAAGGCGAAAGGAUAGGCGGUGUGAAUACCACAAGGACUAUAGCUACGAGACUGACAACUAUUAUGCAGUGAAGGACCAUUUCGAGGAGUUAGUACAAGAUGACCGAUUGGCACUGCAUGUUCGAAAGGGCAAUCCACCAAACACGGUAGCUCUAUGCCUGAAGUCAUCUCCACUUGGUGUGAUUCACAUGAUAUAUAGCCUAUCACCGCCGACUUCGGUACACACGAUCCAGCUACAACCUAGCCUAUCCAAGCCGUUCACACUAGCCAAACAGCCUCAUAAGACCGCCAAAAUUAGCUUCAACUACACCGAUCUUGAAGGUGUAACGCUCCCCCAUGAUGAUGCCCUUGUCAUCGAGUUACGCGUAAACAAAUUCGUUAUUGAACGUGUUCUGAUUGAUCAAGGGAGCACCACAGAAAUAAUGUAUCACAAGACAUUUCUUAAACUCGGCUUCACCAAUUUGGACUUGUUACUGGUCGAAUAUCCCUUGUUCGGCUUCAAUGCCAACCCCGAGUACCCUUUGGGCAAGAUCACACUAUCAAUACGUACAGGUACCAAAGCAGUCGACGUGGAAUUUUUGGUCGUCAAGCUUGCAUUACCAUACAAUCUCAUCAUGGGAAGAACAUUAUUGCACACAAUGCAGGCGGUACCAAGUACCUACCAUCAAUUACUUCGCUUUCCAACUCAACAUGGCAUUGAGCCGAUUCGAGGUUCUCAAAAAUCGGCAAAGGCAUGCUAUCUUAUUGCUUUGGCAAAGAGGUCGAAAGAACUGGAAGUGAACUCGAUUGAAUUCUCAAAUUGA